CUGAGAUUUAGGGGAAAUAUGGAAUUGAAGGAGUCAUUGGAGAGGAGGGUUGUAUUGGAGGAUACUGAGUUAUGGAAUCAGUCAGAUCGUUAUAUGGCGAAGGUUAAUAGGAAGUAUAAAAGAUAUCUGGAGGGGCUAGACGGGUUUACCUUCUUUUAUGAUCAUGUUAAUUGUAUUCAUAAGACUAUGCCGAAGAUUACUCACAGAGGGGAACAUCAUGGCAAUAAUUUGUGGCUAAAGGUUAGCAGAAAAGGAUCAAAAAAGCACUUACAGAACUUUAUAUCAAAAAUAGAGCAUUUUGGUUUCAAAAGAGUGCAAAUAGUUGAUUCAAGCAAAAGAGGAGUCUUCUCGAUUAAUUUGAUAUGUCAAUCUAUUUGCAAAAUAUUUGAUAUUGGAAUCAAAGUAUUGGUUCUCAAGGAUAUUGUUCUUUAUACUAGGCCAUUUAGAACUCUAUUUAGUCGUUUGAAGGAUACAGAAUCUAUAAAACUCUACAGUUGUAGGUUUGAGCUUCAAAAAAUCUACAUGAAUCCAGCUACAAACUAUAAAAUUUGUAGUAUCAGCUUACAUAAAUGAUGUAGUUCUUCCCAAAAUGUUAUGAAAUUCGACGAUACUGAGUUCCAGCUGCUACUAAAGCUAUUUACAAUGAAAAAUAUUACUAGAAAUCUAACAACACUAGAUAUCACAAUGGAUAUAUCUCCUGAACAAAUUGAGCAAGUAGAAGGCUCUUUCUCUCUCCUUGACCAAGUAGAGGUAAAUGUAAGAGAUUGAAAAAUACUUUAUGAUGAGUGGGGAAUGUAAACCAAGCUGGAUGAACGAUUAGAUGUGAAAGAUAG